AUGACCAUGUCUGUUUCCCCUGAAAUUACAAACUACGAAGGUGGGGAUGCCUUGCUCUCCAGAGCUGCCAGCUACACUGAUCUCCACAGCCCAUCGGAAUCUGGCCCGCCCGAUUUGAGACGAAAUUUCUCCGAUUACAAGGUCCCCGCCCAGGCGUACUCACCGACAAAGGAAUCUGUGGCUGCUGGAAAGGCCAUUCUGCGACGGACAUCCCUACGCACUAAAGACAAACCCCCGACUGUCUCCCAUUUUACAUUAUCAUCUACAGAGGAUCUAAGGGACACGGAAGUACCCGUAGAGGCUUCAGUGAAAACAACUACAACUACAACUAUUGAAACUACAACUGUUCCAACUACAAAUGUGGAAACAAAGAUUCCAGAGACAAGGGCACCGGAGCCUGCUGUUCGGCCCUCCAAGAGUCGUUCUAUGUCAGGUCGCAUAGUAAGUCUUGCACGGAAGCCAUGGGGCUCGUCCUCACGAUCUCCGUCUCCGUCUGCCAAGAGGUCAAAACAACAACGACUGGAAGACCCAUCUCCAACUCAAUUGGGACACCAGAAAUCAGAGAGUUCCAAAGAUGCACCAAAUCCGGAGUCGGCACCGCCACCUAUGCGUAAACGAACUAUAUUAUAUAAGCGACCAAGACGACCCGUGUCUGCAGUGGUAGCAAAGGGAAUUGAAGACUCCCCAGAGUCGCCCAGCAGUCCGUCAGGCAAGCUGCGAAACCGAGCAUCACUCGAGAGGUUCUCCGCCUCUCUUUCUGUUACAACUCCUGUUCUACCACCCAUGCCAAAAGGUGCUGCAGCAACAGCUGCUUCGUUCCAACAUACUGUCAACGAGACUUCUUCACGGAAGAAGGAUGAACUUUGGGGGGUAUUCCGUGGCCUUGAAGCUGAUUACCAAAAAUUUCAAUCCAAAUCAAGUGCCUUAAAGGCCAAUGUCAUCCGUAGCUCCCUUCUCCCAUUUCUUGGCCGCCAUCAUCUCCACGCUUCAUGCAAGUGCCUUAGACCGGAAGACUUGGAUCGUCGGGUGAAUAUUUUGAAUAAGUGGUGGAUGGGGAUGCUAGAGAUGCUUAAUGGGAAAAAUAACCAAUCCAUUACAGGGACUGACAGACCCGUCUAUCUUGAAGCAGUCGUGGGAAUCAUGAGUCGUCCAGAAUGGCGCAUCCCAUUUCCUACUGCACAACAAGGUGACGGACUAACAGACUCGCUGCAAUAUGCAUCUACAUCCGUCUCAGAAACCUCAGAAGGAUCUGGCUCAUCGGGAUCUGAUUUUCUGGUUGAAUCGAUCCAUCAUAAUAUUCGCAAUAUCUUUGUCCAAAAUCUUCUGUCGCAGAUGUUGUUUGUCGUGGAACGAAUGUCGAUGAGACACACGCCCGCCAGUCUAGUGGCAUUUUGUGGAAAGGCUUGUGCGUAUGCCUUCUUUUUCUGCCCUGGAGUACCAGAUAUCUUAGUCCGUCUGUGGAACACACCUCCUGCCUUAUAUCGGCGAAUUCUCGCCGAAUCUGCAUCCUCCAGAGUUGGGAAUAUGCGGCCAUUUACUCAGGAGCUUUCAAUGAGUUUCCCUGCGGCUCUGCGACCUCUUGCAUUCCCAUCAUCUGCGCCAUUAUUGCGAUAUUUGCGACUUAAACCCGAGGCGCCUCUGAACACAACUAACAUCCCCUGGCAUGGUCCAUGGAAGGCUCGCUGGUGUGGUCGUGAUACGGAUCUGUUCUUCGUCUUCAUGAAAUACGUACACAUUUUGUACGCUGAAUAUUUGCCUGCGAAGACCGAGAAGGCCAAGCGCAUACUGGCGCCCGGUCUGCUUCUCAUACAUGCGCAACUUCUGGUCGUACUGGAGGAGACUAUAUAUAAGCAAUCUACAUCCCAAACGACAGAUCUGGGUAAUUCGGCAUCUGUCAUCACGUUCGACGACUUGCUUGAGUCGCCUGAUGCUUCGGCUAAUGCGCACCCUUUGGGAGGUGGCCGAAACAGUCAUCGGUCAAUGGCAGAGAACCGGCUAGUAAUUCUUUUGCGGGACUUUCUCUCUGACUCCUCCGCGGAGCCAAAUCGCUCCCGACUUUUGUACGCUGAGAGCUUCUGUGGCAUUUUCAAGAUUGCCGCUCAGGGAAUCUCUCUCUUUGACCACAAUGCAUGCUUCUUGAUAUGUGACUUCGCCGAGGAGGUUAUGCCGAUUAUCACACGAUAUGCCCACUCAAUUGAGACAGAGUUGUUUGACUGGUCAUUCUGGUUGGGGGUCUGUCGCCAGAUGAUGCAAAGUCAUAAUUCGCUUACUGAAGUCCGAGUCUUCUCCUUCAUAUUUAGUGUGUGGGGGACCUGGAUUGCGUCAGAAGAGAGAAAGUCUGCGCUAUGCCUGGAUUUCCUGCUAGAUGAGUCUAUCUUCUACCAUUACUUUAAUCACUGGAGUCCGAUGGUCCGCGCCUACUACCACCGUCUCCUGUGCUGGAGAGUGGGUCGGUUCAACGGGGAACCUUCUUCUGUUGAUUCAACCGUACUAGUGACCCUCUCUAAUCGACUCAUGCGUGUCUGGGAGUAUUAUGUUGGGUAUCAAACCAAGGCGGAAGAAGGGCUCAUAGCACCAUUGUCAUCUGCUCCUUGUACACCAGCUCCAGGGCGGAGGAUUAUCAUCAUUCGAUGUGACAAUCAGCUGUCUCCAGUGGACCUGUUCGUCUCAUUUGACCGCGUCAUUCCUCCCGGUUCUUCAGACCAACCCGUGGGACAUCGAAAAUCCAACUCCGCGGACUUUACGGGUCUAGACAAUCCGAAUUCCAAGCGAAGAUGGAAUUUGCUCAAAUCUAUGUUCGGUAAGGCCGAUGGCGUAGAAGGUGUUCCCACAGAUACGUCUAAUAGUGGCGCCAUGCCCGACGAGAAAUCAAAAUGUGUGGAAGAGCAUGAGAAACCCCCGAGAAAUAGUGGAGAGCAGUUCCAUCUCCCACUACACCAACCCUUCUUCUUCAAAUUUUCACUAGAAUGGAUAGACAGGCCACAAUGGCUCACUAAGAACAAACGUCUAUUCACCCCUUGUCUCCCUGUCGCCUCUGAACUGCAUGUGCAGCAUCGAUGCGUCCCCGAGAAGCUCAUUGAGUCUGACACCACUUCAGAAAAAGGAUCGAUCUCGGCAAAGACAAUUGGCGGCGAAACUGUAUUUGAGGAGGCAGUAACUGGAGAACCAGACCAUGAUGACCCUCCAACACAAAUGACUCCCGAAACUGAGUGGCCUUUGACCAACAAAGAUUCUCUUCUUCCAGAGUUGCCUGCACAACCAACAACGGAGUACGUUGUGACAAGCAAAUACGCUGGCCGUGCUCUGGCAGAGUGGACUCAUAUUGUUUCCGAAUGCGAUAGCUUCUUCGCCCGCCGUCGCGACGAAGGUGUGCCUUCGGAUCGCGCAGUGGAAACCCCAUCACUGGGCGUCGAAAGCUUCCGCAAAUAA